UCGGUUGUAACGGAAUUACUGAAGAUUAUUGGAGAUCUUACUAGUUCCUGUUGAAUGAAGACCAAAGUUGAAAGUUUUCCAGUCUCUUCUUGUCUUGCAUUCCACACUGUUGAAUUAUCCUUAUGGAGUCGUUAUGGGAAAGGAACACUUUGUCGUUCACCUUUUGGAAUGCCUUGCAAUAUUGAAAAGACUACCUGGCUCGAUAGAAAGUGCUUUGGGGGAAAGAGAACCAAUCAUACAAGAAUACUAAGAUGUCUCAAGAAGUACAAUCCAACUUGCUGUAGCAAUAGUGAGCAUACAGAUUCGCAGUCAACGCCAAUUGUUUUAUCCUCAUCUCACGAAGAUGGUGUUGUAUUGAAAACUUUUUGGGACUCGAAUGAAGAAGAAUGGGUUGAAGUGAAUCCUUUUCCUUUUUUAGGAGACAAAGCUCCGAAAGAGAGAUAUCGUCGAAUUAGGAAAAGAGCAGAUUUGAAGAAGAUAUUAGUUAUUGGGGCAGGACCUAUUGUGAUUGGUCAGGCUUGUGAGUUUGAUUACUCAGGAACGCAAGCUUGUAAGGCUUUGAGAGCAGAAGGAUAUCAAGUAGUAUUAGUCAACUCCAAUCCUGCUACUAUUAUGACUGAUCCUGAGACAGCUGAUAGAAUAUACAUUGAACCUUUAGUACCCGAAGUUUUGACCAAAAUAAUUGAAAAGGAAAGGCCUCAGGCUUUACUUCCUACAAUGGGAGGACAAACGGCAUUGAAUUUGGCAUUCAUUUUGUCCAAAACGGGAGUUUUAGAUCGUUUUCAAGUAGAAUUGAUUGGAGCCCGUUUAGAUGCCAUCGAAAAAGGAGAAGACCGGCGUCUAUUUAAGGAAGCUAUGGAAAGAAUUGGACUCAAAACAUGUCCUUCAGGUAUUGCUAAUAAUUUAGAAGAGGCUAAACAAGUUUCCGAGAAGAUUGGAAAAUUUCCGUUGAUUAUUCGUCCUGCUUAUACUUUGGGAGGCACUGGAGGAGGCAUUGCUUAUAAUCAAGAAGAAUAUGAAGAGAUGGCUAAAGCUGGUUUGGAUGCUUCCCCAACCCAUCAAAUACUUGUCGAUCUUUCACUUCUUGGUUGGAAAGAAUACGAGUUGGAAGUUAUGCGUGAUGGAGUGGAUAAUGUAGUGAUAGUAUGUGGUAUUGAGAAUGUCGAUCCUAUGGGAGUUCAUACUGGAGAUUCUAUUACUGUCGCUCCUUGUCAAACACUAACUGAUAGAGAAUAUCAAAGACUUCGUGACUAUGCCAUUGCCGUAAUUCGAGAAAUUGGAGUUGAUACAGGCGGUAGUAAUAUUCAAUUUGCAGUUAAUCCAGAAAAUGGAGAAGUAGUUAUUGUCGAAAUGAAUCCUCGAGUAUCUCGUUCUUCCGCUUUAGCUUCCAAAGCCACUGGAUUUCCAAUUGCUAAAAUAGCAGCCAAGUUGGCCAUUGGAUUAUCCCUUCCAGAGAUUCCGAAUGAUAUCACUAGGAAAACUCCAGCAUCAUUUGAACCUUCAUUGGAUUAUGUCGUUACAAAGAUUCCUCGAUUCGCCUUUGAAAAGUUUCCAGGCGCUUCCAAUAUCUUGACAACUCAAAUGCGUUCUGUUGGAGAAGCAAUGGCUUUGGGAAGAAGUUUUUGUGAAAGUUUUCAGAAAGCCAUUCGAAGUUUAGAAGUUAGUGGACGAUGGGGAUUUGGUUGUGAUGGAAAAGAUGAACAGAUUCUCAGUCGAAUAGAGUUAGAAUCUGCUCUUCGAACACCCACACCUGAACGUAUCUUUGCAGUGAGACAAGCACUGAUGGCUGGAAUGAGUAUAGAUGAGAUUUAUCAAUUAUCCCGUUAUGAUCGCUGGUUUUUAUAUCAACUUUACGAAAUCUAUCAAACGGAACUUUCCAUAAGGAAUCGCUCUUUAGAAAGUAUUUCUGCAGAAGAAUUAUUUGCUAUCAAAGCAAAAGGAUUUUCUGAUUAUCAGAUUGCCUUUGCCACGAAUACAACGGAAGAGAAAGUACGCUUAUAUCGGAAAAGUUUGUAUAUGAAACCGGUUUAUAAAACGGUGGAUACUUGUGCUGUAGAAUUUGAGUCUUAUACGCCGUAUUUGUAUUCAACUUAUGAGAGUCGAGUUGUUUGGGGUACAGCGGAAGAAAUAGCUGCUGGAAUGGAGUCUGAAGUUCCUAUUUCAAGUGGAAAGAAGAAAAUACUUAUUUUAGGAGGUGGACCUAAUCGAAUUGGUCAAGGAAUAGAGUUUGAUUAUUGUUGUGUUCAUGCAUGCUUUGCUUUACGUGAAGCCAAGUUUGAAACUAUUAUGAUGAAUAGUAAUCCUGAAACUGUAUCUACUGAUUAUGAUACUUCAGAUCGACUUUAUUUUGAACCUUUGACAUUGGAAGAUGUUAUUCAUGUGAUUGAAGCAGAAAGAGUGGAUGGAAUUGUUAUUCAAUUUGGAGGUCAAACUCCAUUGAAGUUAGCCAUGUCUUUGCAAAAAUAUCUGACCUCGAAAGAAGCCAAGGAUAGUGGAGUUGAGGCCAUUAUUUUAGGCACGAGUCCAGAAUCCAUUGAUAUUGCAGAAGAUAGAGAUCGAUUUGUUCGCAUAUUAAAUGAGUUGAAGAUUCGACAACCAUCCAAUGGAAUUGCUAGAAGUUUAGAAGAAGCUCAACGAGUGGCAUCGGAAAUUGGUUAUCCAGUAGUAGUUAGGCCAAGUUAUGUAUUGGGUGGUAGAGGGAUGGAAAUAGUAUACAAUCAACAGCAAUUGGCCAAAUAUAUGACUGCUUCUGUAGUUGUUGAAAGUGAACAUCCUGUGCUCAUCGAUCACUUUUUAGAGAAUGCAGUAGAAGUUGAUGUGGAUGCGCUUGCAGAUAAGACAGGAAAGGUAGUCAUUGGUGGGAUUAUGGAACAUAUUGAACAAGCAGGAAUUCAUUCGGGUGACUCGGCAUGCAUACUUCCAACUCAAACCAUUCCUUAUUCUGCACUAGUCACUAUAAGACAAUGGACAAUAGCAUUGGCCAAGCGGUUACAAGUUGUUGGUUUGAUGAAUGUUCAAUGGGCAGUACAGGGCGAUAAAGUUUUCAUAUUGGAAGCCAAUCCUAGAGCUUCCAGAACUGUUCCAUUUAUUUCGAAAGCCAUUGGAAUUCCAUUGGCAAAGAUUGCAUCUCUCUUAAUGAUUGGAAAGACUUUGCAAGAACUUGGAUUCACUACGGAAGUAAUUCCUAAACAUGCUGCUGUAAAAGAAGCAGUUUUACCUUUUAACAAAUUUCCAUUGAGUGACAUGUUACUUUCUCCAGAAAUGCGUUCCACUGGAGAAGUUAUGGGAAUUGAUUUUUCUUAUCCGGCAGCUUUUGUAAAAGCACAAAUGGCAGCUGGAACUCCACUUCCAUUGGAAGGGACGAUAUUGUUAUCUUUGGCUGAAGAAGAUAAAAAACAAGGAGUUGCUUUGGCACAUGACUUUAUAGACUUGGGGUUUCAUAUUCUAGCUACUCGAGGAACCUAUGUGCAUCUUAUAGCAGAAGGAUUGAAUCCUUCUCAAGUAGAAAUGGCAUUCCAAAUAGGAGAAGGACGUCCGAAUAUUGUUGAUCGCAUAAAGAAUCGAGAAAUUCAACUAUUUAUUAUGACACCGGGAAUAGAUAAGGACACAGAAAGUGAGAAACAAGUACGAAGGACUAGUGUUCAAUUUAAGUUGCCUAUGAUUACUACAUUGGCUGCAGCAAAGGUAGCUGCUCAAGGAAUAAGAAUAUUAAAGUCUCAAGAACCGAGUGUGAUUUGUAUGCAAGAUUAUCACGCAGAACGUUUGAAUCGAUCUUUGUCCAUUCUCACUUUCGUCAUGUUGGUAAAAGUAAAAACUUUAACUGGAAAAGAAAUAGAAAUAGAUAUCGAACCAGGAGAUAAGAUUGAAAGAAUCAAAGAACGAGUUGAAGAAAAGGAAGGCAUUCCUCCAGCACAACAAAGACUUAUAUUUGGAGGUAAACAGUUGGCUGAUGAAAAGUCAGCAAGAGACUAUCAUAUUGAAGGUGGUUCAGUAUUGCACUUGGUACUCGCUUUGAGAGGUGGAAAUAGAGUAAGUUGAUGGUCUAUUUGGAGUUUGAUCGAUAUA